GAGCUUGCCUUUCGAGACACUACCGCAUCCCUCGAUAAGUAUAUAUAAGAAUGAUUUACAUAUUACAUUUCAUAAUACAUGUUUUUUUUUAAAUGACGUGUAAUCUCUAAACAUGAUAUUUAAAUUUCAUUGCGCAAACAAAUAUAGAAUUUGAAUUAUCAGCAAUAAUCGACGAUUAUUGACCAUGUCGAUUACGAUGUCGAUACAUACAUCGAUUUCGAUGCAAGAAUUGAAGAAUUGUAUUUUGGUACCGCUGGUACCGCCUAAGUAUUCGCCACUGGUAUUCGCCAGCAUUCGCCAGUAUUCGCAUAUAUGAUUCCCCCUCAUGUCUCAUGCAGUCUCAUGUUCGGCCGAAUCGAUAAUACAUUGGAAACUGUUGACCCUGUUGACGUCGUAUAAAUGUUUGUGCUUAGCAUUUAAUGCUUGCAUCUAAUCUUUUUCAAUUUUAAGUAAAGCCAUAUAAUCUAUUGAGAUUGCAAUGCAGAGUGUCAUUAAUUCCGUGAAAGGUACUGCGCUUGGUGUUGCCGAAUACUUAACCCCUGUGCUAAAGGAAAGUAAAUUUCGAGAAACUGGAGUAUUAACACCAGAGGAGUUUGUGGCAGCAGGUGAUCACUUAGUGCAUCAUUGUCCAACUUGGCAAUGGGCUACUGGUGAUGAAGACAGAGUGAAAUCGUAUCUUCCCAAAAAUAAACAAUUUUUGUUAACACGAAACGUUCCUUGUAGUCGCCGAUGUAAACAGAUUGAAUAUAGUAAGGAACAAGAAUGUAUCAUAGAAGAAGAUGAUCCAGAAGGUGGAUGGGUAGAUACACAUCAUUAUGAUACUGAUCUUGGUGGCGUUGAAGAGAGAGUAACAGAAAUGACUUUAGAUGAGACACAACUCUCACAAUCAAUUAGUGCAGAAGAGAAUAAUGAAGAUGACGAUGAGGAUGACGACGAUGAUGGAGAUGCUGCAGAUAUGGAAGCUUUUGAAGUUAGUGGGAUGUUAGAUGAACAAGAUAAGUAUGCAGCGAAAAGUACAAAGAAACCUACCAAGGAGAAAUGGGAUGCAUUUUCUGACGGAGAAAUCAUUCAUACACGUACAUACGAUUUAUACAUCACAUACGAUAAAUAUUAUCAAACACCUCGACUAUGGCUUUCCGGAUAUGAUGAGAAUCGAAAGCCUUUGACAGUAGAAGAAAUGUACGAAGAUGUUAGUCAGGAUCAUGCGAAAAAGACUGUUACAAUGGAAGUACAUCCUCAUAUACCUGGGCCGUCGAUGGCAUCGGUUCAUCCUUGCAGACAUGCUGAAGUAAUGAAGAAAAUCAUCGAAACCGUGAUGGAGGGUGGACGUGAGCUUGGCGUACACAUGUACUUGAUAAUAUUUCUAAAAUUCGUGCAAUCCGUAAUUCCUACAAUUGAAUACGAUUACACGCAAAAUUUUAUGCUAAACGCAUCUGGUUAGGUGCUUUACAAAUUUUCAUUUUAUUUUUAAGAAUGAACGUGACUUUAGUUUUUAAAUAUAUGCUAUUAUAAGUAACGCAAAUGGAAGGAUUGUGAGGCACAGAACAUAAUAAAUACAUUUCAACUAAAAAAGAAAAUCAAUUAAAACAGAAUGUGGUUGAUUAUUAGAUUUACAUAUUUUUUAAUUCAUUUUAUGUUAUGAUUGUCAUAAAGUCAGUAAUCGUGAUAAUUGAUUGUAAUGAUCUAUCUGAUAUAUGGAAUUUAUUUAGAAAAUGUUAUUUGAAUGAAUAAAAAGAUAUUGUGUUUAGGUA